UGAGAAUGUACCACUGCGAAUAGCACAUGAGCGGCUGCAUGGGAAGAGACAGAGGGAUUUAUUUUGUUAAAAACUAGUACAGGCGUAAAAGCAGCAUGUAUUUAUUUGUCGAAAAGAAAACUGACACUGACAAGAAGUAUAGAUAAAUGAAUAAAUUAUAGCUUAUUUCAGUCAUACCGGUAGCUACAAUUUUUUCCUUUAUUUCAACAUAAUUGACGGAUAAGAUUUGUAAACAGUUUAUAAAUUAGCCGUUAAAUCGGUUAAUAGAAUGGAAAAUUCUGAAGUAAAUUCGGUGGAUUUGUAUGGAGAUGAAGAGAUUGUUGAAGUCAUUGAGCUGAAUGAAACAGAACCGACCCCAGAUGACCUUGCUGAGGAUAUUGAAGAUAUGGAUUUCACUGAAGGAGAUGAAGGUCGGGAAACAGAUGAUGAAGGAGGAGAGGAGGUGGAAGAAGCUGACAAGGAUGACAGUGAUCUCACCUUCGCCAAACAUACUGGUUCUGUGUUCUGUGUGAAUCUGGACCCCAGUACUAACAGUCUGGCAGUCACGGGGGGUGAGGACGACAGAUCCUUUGUCUGGAGGGUGAGUGAUGGAGAGGUGCUGUUUGAGUGUACAGGACACAAGGACUCUGUAACCUCUGCCUCCUUCAGUCAUGACUCUGCACUGGUUGCCACGGGAGACAUGAGUGGCCUCAUCAAGGUGUGGAAGGUGGAAACCAAGGAGGAGGUGUGGUCCUUUGAGGUUGGAGAUCUGGAGUGGAUGGAGUGGCACCCCUGUGCUCAUGUCCUGCUGGCUGGCACAGCUGACGGGAACGUGUGGAUGUGGAAGAUCCCUAGUGGGGAGUGCAAAACCUUUCAGGGGCCCGGCUGCCAGGCCACCACUGGCAAGAUCCUGCCUGAUGGAAAGAGAGCUGUUGUUGGCUAUGAAGAUGGAAUCAUCAGACUUUGGGAUCUCAAACAAGGAAAUACUUCUCAUGUUCUCAAAGGACCAGAUGGGCACCAGGGCCCCGUCACCUGUGUGGCAUGCAGUAAAGAUGGAGGUCUCAUACUGACAGGCUCCGUUGACUGUAGAGCCAAGCUCAUCAGCACUGCCACUGGAAAGGUAGUGGGAGUGUUCUCAACAGAGGGGUGCAAACCCAAAGUUUUAAUGGAAGAGGAAUCUGAGACCAACUCUAUUGAGUCGGUGGGAUUCUGUAAUAUGUUGCCAUUGAUUGCUGUUGCUUACCUUGAUGGGACUCUAGCCAUUUACGAUCUUUCUACGCAGAGCUUGCGACUUAAGUGUCCACAUGAGGCUGGCAUCGUUCACUUGCAGUGGGAGGACAGCUCACCCCUGCUCUACACCUGCAGUCUGGACGGAGCUGUCCGUAUCUGGGACGCUCGCUCAGGGCAGAUGGUAACACAGUACCGCGGGCACACGGCUGAAAUACUCGACUUCACACUCAACAGAGAAGCCUCCGUGGCAGUCACUGCAUCUGGAGAUCAUAAAGCCAAAGUCUUCUGCCUUCAAAGACCGGAUCGUUAAGCACAAGGAUGCCCAGAUCUAUAGAAAAGAACCAGUACAUGGUGGGAUGCAGUUAUUCAUAUAUCAGGAUAUCGUUCUAUUCCGGCCACCAAAAAUAAUUCAGGACUACAACCGUAUCCUCAGGAUAUUUUAUCAACAUUAUCUUCUCAUAGGCAGGAGAGUAAUUUGUUUUUGGGAUGAUUUCUUCUUCAGGGCCAUCUUUUGAAAGGAUUUUGGAAGGUUGGCAUUGACGAGAGUAAAAUAAAUCUGCUUGUUUCAAGAUUAAUUUGGAUAUUAAUACACAAUGUAGUGGCCAUUACCUACUAAAUAUUGUGUGGCAACAUUUGAGUCACCCAGAUUCUUGUAUCCCGGUUGCUUCAGAAGGCCUCUGCCUUGGGAUAGAGACUCUAAUGCUUGCUCAAAGUUGCAAAGUGAUAUUAAUUCAGGGUCUUGCAUUUGUUGUGUUUUAACUUUGAGUAAACCUGUUUGAGAAUUUACCCGAUGACAUAGGAAUAUUUGUAACCAAUACGAAAACAUCUUGAGCUCGCCAAUAGACUGAUUUUACUUUUUAAAAAUACCAUGUAUUUAUAACUAUAUAAUUACAUAAUGUAAAUGCAUGUGGAAAAAAUUAGCCUGUGCACUGUGCCCUUAGAAACUUAUCAACACUAAAGGUUAGGGUUAGUUGACAUGCAAUUUUAGCACUUUGCCCACGUCAAACUCAUAACAUCCAAUAUAUCCAACAAUACAUGUCUUUUUUUUUAAUGGAAUGUAAGAUAUUCUAUUAUUUUGUAAAAAUAAUCAAACACAACAUGCA